AAAGUUUCUUAUCAUUAUUAUUUGAGUUUAGAAUUGUUAAAUAAUCAAGGGAAUACAAUUAAUUUUGUAUAGAAUCAAUUAGUGAAAUCUAUAAAUCAUAUAGUACCUACAAGAGCAGCACGCAAAAUUAUCUUGAUAUCUCCGUAAUAUUACAUUAUAACAAUGUUCAACUAACUCUCUACUGUUCAAUUAGCACAUUAGAGUAUAUUAUUGAAAUUUGGUUUUCUCAUUUAUUUGCGUACAGUUCAAUUCUAUACAAGUAUUUAAUAAAAAUUAAAGUUUGCAUUUGCACACUGUGUCAAAUUAAACGGUAUAAAGUUAAACAUUUUAUUUUUUUGUAUAGAGUUAAACAGUAUGCUGUUAAGCAAAUUUCAAAAAUAUCUGCAACUUUGUAGAGUUGGACAUUUAUUUUUUUAAAUGCUUGUGUAGAAUUAAAAUGUAUACAAACGCGGGAAUAAAAUAUUUAAUUGUACUGAAAUUGUAUGUGUACAUUUAAACAGUAUAUUCUAACCUUACAACAUGGUAAGCUUGUUGCUUUUAAAAAUCUUUAAAGUACAUUUAUACUUGAAAUUUUAACCAUAACAAAAUUAUUCAGUUUGUAAAUGGUGCAAGUAUUGAGGAAUUCAAAAUCCAGACAGGUUAUAAUUAAAAUUUUUAUCAUGCCAGUUCUUAAAAUUAUAAAUUAUUAAUUAGAUUUAUUAAAAGUUUAAUAAAUUUUCUAUAUUCAAGACCAACUGCAAACUAUAUAUACAGUUUUUGAAGCCUUUGAAAUGCGUAUCGAGCUUAUAAUCAAAUUACUUGUCUUGUUGCGUACAUCCAAUAGUUUGUACUUGAAGAUACGUUCAGAGGUGAAUGAUCAUAGUGAACGCGUAGUGACUGCAGCAUAAAAAUGGAAGUAUUAAUUGACUGUUAUUUCGAUAAAUUGUUUUCCGAAAUGGAACGAAGUAGCCUUGCAUCCAGACAUAAACGACGCCAAUUAGUUAAAUAUUUUUCUGACGUUAUUGAGAGUUGCUAUCAAGCUGAAAAUAUAGAUAAACAUGAUGUUUGUGAACGAAUCGUGCAAGCUGGGUUACGAUAUCACAACAUCGCAAUGAUGGAAAAUGGAUCAGUAUGCUUACUGGGUAAAUUUCACAACGUUCUUUAUGUGAUUGGAAAAUUGUGUUUUGACUGGAAACUAUCCAAUAACGAGAUUGUGUCGCGUCUGUUGAAUGACAUAUUUUAUUGUGAAGGUACAUUUGAAAGAAUUUUUGUUGGAGCAAUUUUCGGAAUUCGAGUAACACAUUUUCUUUCGGGUUGGAAAAGUGAUUAUGAAGAUCGAGAUGAAAACAUAAAUGCUUUAAUGUAUUUCUUGGACCAUGCAACUGUUGCAAAACUUGAAUAUAGGUGCGCCUCAUCUCUAUUAAAAAGACGUUUCAUCGAUGUUCCCAUGGAAUCAUAUGGUCAGGUUCUUCCUCUAAGGGUAGCUGUUCAAUCUGGCUCACCCGAUAUACUUGAGAUUAUGCUACGAUACGGAGCUUCUACGGAGGGUGAUGCUUUAGCGCCAGCUCCAAUUGAAAUACUGCUUUCAAAUUUGGACGACUACCAAUUAAUGUCCAAAGAAAUGAAACAAAUGAAACCAAUUUAUCCCGAAAAUCUGAUAACUUGUCUCAGAAUUUUAUUACGAACCAUUCCAAUGAUUACAGUCAAGACACCAAGUCAUGUCGCUAAUCAAAGCGGUGUAAUGCACUUGACGUUCUAUGAACAAUAUCCUAAACUUGUCGAGAGCAACUUGGUUCCAGCAGAAAGAAGUGGAGUUGUACCUCCAGAACUGAAACACUUGGCCAGAUGCCGAAUAAGAUCUGUCCUACAUCAGACAUGGCAACUGCCUCAUGGAAUCAGAAAACUUGAUAUUCCAACAUCACUCAUGGAUUAUUUGGAUUUACAAACAGACUAGCGUUCAAUAUUACCCGUUUUCAAUGUUAUGCUCCUUCUUGAUUGAAUUAAUUUAAAAAACUCUUUUUAUACAAUUACUUUGAAUUUCAAUAAAUGAGAUAACUUACACUAAUAUAUAAACUUGGACUAAUGACAAUGAAACAUUAUACAUUACAUUACAUGUUUUAAAUG